CUUAGAUGAUCGAGACAGUGUGGCAACUCCACACCAUCGGCCUUGCUGUUUACAAAAAUCACGGCCCACUUCUUCGGCAAUUCCAAUUGCUAGCGCAACAAGUAUCAAGUGAAGUAGCCGGAAAUAUAGUCAGUGCUGGAACGGAUCCGCACACGACAUGCCGGACAUUAAGAUAACGCCCCUGGGAGCUGGCCAGGAUGUGGGCCGCAGUUGUCUUCUGCUCUCAAUGGGCGGCAAGAACAUUAUGCUGGACUGCGGCAUGCAUAUGGGCUAUAAUGAUGAACGCCGGUUCCCGGACUUCUCCUAUAUCGUGCCCGAUGGCCCCAUCACCAGCCACAUUGACUGUGUGAUCAUUUCCCACUUUCACCUUGAUCACUGCGGCGCCCUGCCGUAUAUGUCGGAGAUAGUUGGCUACACAGGACCAAUUUACAUGACGCACCCUACCAAAGCUAUAGCACCUAUUCUAUUGGAGGAUAUGCGAAAGGUUGCUGUAGAACGCAAGGGCGAAUCCAACUUUUUCACCACCCAGAUGAUCAAAGAUUGCAUGAAGAAGGUGAUACCCGUCACCCUCCAUCAAAGCAUGAUGGUGGACACCGAUCUGGAGAUCAAGGCCUACUAUGCCGGCCACGUUCUGGGCGCCGCCAUGUUUUGGAUCAAAGUGGGCUCUCAAAGUGUGGUCUACACCGGAGACUACAACAUGACUCCUGAUCGGCAUCUGGGUGCCGCUUGGAUCGACAAGUGCCGUCCCGACUUGCUGAUCUCAGAGAGUACGUACGCCACAACGAUCAGAGACUCCAAACGGUGCCGAGAGCGUGAUUUUCUCAAGAAAGUUCACGAAUGCGUGGCCAAGGGUGGAAAGGUUCUGAUUCCCGUAUUCGCCCUUGGACGCGCCCAAGAGCUUUGCAUUCUGCUGGAGACGUACUGGGACCGAAUGAACCUCAAGUACCCCAUAUACUUUGCUCUGGGCCUCACAGAAAAAGCAAACACCUACUAUAAGAUGUUCAUCACCUGGACGAACCAGAAGAUUCGUAAGACCUUCGUCCACCGCAACAUGUUCGACUUUAAGCACAUCAAGCCAUUUGACAAGGCAUACAUCGACAAUCCUGGUGCCAUGGUGGUAUUUGCCACACCGGGGAUGUUGCACGCUGGCUUGUCGCUGCAGAUCUUCAAGAAGUGGGCCCCCAACGAGAACAAUAUGGUUAUAAUGCCCGGCUACUGUGUCCAAGGUACCGUGGGUAACAAAAUCCUUGGAGGUGCCAAGAAGGUGGAGUUUGAGAAUCGUCAGGUGGUGGAGGUCAAAAUGGCCGUGGAAUACAUGAGCUUCUCGGCUCAUGCUGAUGCUAAAGGCAUCAUGCAGUUGAUCCAAAAUUGCGAGCCGAAAAACGUAAUGCUCGUCCAUGGUGAAGCUGAAAAAAUGAAGUUCUUGCGGUCCAAGAUCAAGGACGAGUUCAAUCUGGAAACCUACAUGCCGGCUAAUGGAGAGACUUGUGUGAUUUCCACACCCGUUAAGAUACCAGUAGAUGCAUCAGUUUCGCUCCUUAAAGCCGAGGCCCGCACUUACAACGCCCAGCCGCCGGACCCCAAACGGCGACGUCUCAUCCACGGUGUCCUUGUGAUGAAAGACAAUCGAAUAAUGCUGCAAAACCUGACGGAUGCCCUGAAGGAAAUCGGUAUCAACCGGCAUGUUAUGCGAUUCACGUCAAAGGUGAAGAUGGACGACUCAGGACCCACGAUCCGCACCAGUGAGAGGUUAAAAACGAUUCUCGAGGAAAAGCUAACCGGGUGGACGGUUACGAUGCAGGAGAAUGGCUGUAUAUCCAUUGAGUCCGUCGAGGUGAAGGUGGAGGAGGACGAGAAGGAUUCGAAGCAAAAAAAUAUUUUAAUAUCCUGGACCAAUCAGGACGAAGACAUUGGAGCCUACAUUCUUAAUGUUCUCCAGAAUAUGUGCUAGGAUUGCAUGCCUUAAUUCCAUAGUUAAGCACAAAGUGUAGGUAUUGUUUUCCGAAAUUGAAAUUUGGUUUAAAAUAUAUGUAUUUAAAGUUUCAAAACUGAA